AUGAGUAGUAUUGUUAAGAAAUCGUCGCAGUUCACGCCAAAGGUUAAACGAAGAGCUCUUCGUCGUGGCUCUGCCUUAGCCACUCCGCCCACAACUCAGGUGGAUCCAUCAGCCCCUACAACUCAAGAUGAAAGUAUACAAACUCCCCACACUCCUCAAGGUACUCAGGCGUCUCAACCUCUGGGUGUAGGUGCUUUGCCCCUUCUGAGCUAUGACAUGAAGCCAGCGGAUUCUUCCGACAAAGCUGCUGGUGAGAUCCCACAGAAUGUGGAGGUGGAUCCUAUGGAUACUACAAGCGUUCCUGAAGUAGCCAUCGAGGAAAAGGAUAAUGAUGACGAGGAUGAUCACUAUGAGAAUAUUGAUUUCCAGAUACCGCAGAAGCGGUCUCAUAGACGGUCGUCUGUAGCUGGUCACAGAAGACUCAGUGGCAUCCAGCAAUAUCGUAGAUCUGGGUCGAUUUCGGGAACGCCAGGAUCCCAGGGCCCUGAAGGUGAGACAAACAAGGGUGGACCAGUGGUGAUCGGUAUUCCCGAGUCCAAACCAGUCAAGAGAAGAACUUCUUUUGCAGCUAGAAACAAGAAAAUGGCACGGAAGGAGACGCCUACUGCAGAGACUGCGACAAUCAAGGAGACUCCAGAGAGGGCAGAAGACGAGGACGAGAGGACUUUGGACAACGAGGCAGACAAGAGUGAGGCACAGAAUGAUUCCAACAAACAUGUUGACGAAGGAACCUCCAAAAAAAGUGGGCCAAAUGGUGAAGGUUCCACAGAUACAACCAGACAUUACGAAGGUGAUUUCGUUUACGGAUCUUUCGAAAAUGGCCCACUUAUGAAGUACAAAACACUGGAAAGGGUAGAAUCAGAAUUGCCCGUCGUACCAGCAGGUUUAGUGACUACCAUUAGCGAUCCCAGUCAGAUCCCACGAAGAUUGGAUGCAGCAGAUUGGAAGCUACUAUCAAAGGUUGAAGUUUCAGAGACCUUCAAAAUGGGAGACUUGUGCAGACCAACGUUACCAUUUGGUUCAACCAGUGAUAACUAUGAGAAAUCCAUCAAAGCCAGAGACGCAAUUGAGAGAAAUCGAAAAAUUCGAACUGAAGCCAGAAAACAUGCACGUGAAUCCAGGAUACCAUACGACGUUGCUUUUCAAAUUAUCUCCACCAAGAAACGAAAAGAGAAUCCGCAAGAAGGGGUGGCCAGUACUCACAUUCUUGAUGGAGAUUUAGAGGAAGAUGAAAGACACACUUCCAACAUCAAAAUGACUGUUGUGGACGGAAAGCUUCAGGUGGACCAAGAUUCGAUGUUUAGGGGCAAAUUGCGGGCUACUGCUGGUGAUAGAGAGCGGGUCACAGAGAACUCAUUCGAGAAUCCUAUCACUUCAAAUUCUUACAGCAAUCUGACACACACAGAUACUUGGACGCUAGAUGAGUUGCAGCAAUUCUACCGGGCCCUAAGCACUUGGGGUACGGACUUCACAUUCAUUGCACAGAUGUUUCCGUACCGUACGAGGCGGCAGAUCAAGCGCAAGUUUAUCUUGGAGGAGAAGAGGAAUCCCCAGCUUGUAGAUUUGGCAUUGAAGAGGCAACUUCCUGGCAGCUUUGAAGAGUUUGAGAAGAGCGCGUUGCCGAAGGAAGAAUGGGAAGACCUUGUAGAAAGAAGGCAAAAGAGCAAAAAAGAUGAGGAGCAAGAAGAUGUUCUCAGCGGGCUACCCUCCAAAGCCAGAUUUGAACUUGAGAUCCAGGAGCUCCAGAAAGAACACAAGAGACAUAUUGAGGAGAUUACUACUGAACGUGAAAGAGCUAUUAAGGAGGACUUAGAAGCCAGUAGAAAGAGAGAGAUUGAAAUUAGAACCGGAGCCAAGCCAAUGACGAGAUCGCAGAUGAAGGCUGAGUUCAAAAAGAACGAGACAGUGGUUGGCUCUCUUGAUGACCAGAGUGCAUAA